UUAUUUGCAGCAGUCAAGUCACUUGGUGCGCCAGCUGGCAAUUGGGAGGUUUUCUGUGCAUUGCAGACAUUGGGAGAGACUCAGUGGGCAACUGCAGCUUAAAAAGAACUGAACUAUAAAAGCAUAUUCCAACUUCCCAGCAUUAAUAUUAAACUCUGCACAGUGUGAGGCACUCUGCACACAGAUAUACUCUGUACACCUGAGGAGACUAUCAAUAUUGCAAAAGGACUUUACAUGAAAGAACUCUUUGUGAAUUUGCAUCCAACCCAGGAGAAUAAACGGUAGUGUUACUUAUUCCAGAUCAUCUACACCAUCACUGUAGACCUCUUCUACCAUGAGUCAGAAUUUUUGGAAAUUGUAUAAAUCAAAAGUUUUGCAGACAUUCAAUGCAGAACAAGAAGAAGAACCCAAGGAAGAGAGUGAUACUGCGGAAAUGAUAGAAGAAAAUCCUGAAGUGGAGGCCGAAGGGUUAAAUAUGUCCCAGCUCGCCCGCAAGGUUCAAGGUGCACUGGGCUGGAGAAGUGUUGCUUCCAUUUUCAGUAAAGAAGAAGAACAGCAACCAGAGCAAGUAGAAGAACAAUCUCCUGACGAUCAGCCCAGAGACAACCCACCUCCAAAGCGUUCCUCGGCACUAUGGGAUGUGUUUGCUAAUAGAUGGCAGCAGAGCUCUGCUGAACGAUCAGAGGCAAGGGGUGUCCUGGCAGAACCUCCAGAAGAACCCAAUGAAAUCCAGCAGCCAGAGGAAACGCCCUUUAGGUGGGGGUUUCUUACCAGCAAAAUAGCUGAGCUAAGGAGCAAGAACAAUUAAAAACCCUGGCCCGGA